AUAAUUUCUGAUCCAAGUUUUUAACCUUAAACACGUGAUAUCUACCGGAUGUACGGUAGAAGCCAUUGCUCUUUGCAGUUGUGUGCGACAUUUGUAAUUUGUAUUUGUGUGGUGGAGGUCAAGCAGAACACAACUUGAACUGACAGUGCCUGUUGUUGUGAACUUUGGCUCCAGUUGGUCUAAUCCAUAAAUAGAAGAAAUAAAUUGUGCUAGACAGUAGACGGAUACCAGCACAAGUCAAGUGUAUUUAUCAAGUCAAGGAAAACUGGCAAGAACAUAAUCAAAGGUUGUGAACUUUGGCUCCAGUUGGUCUAAUCCAUAAAUAGAAGAAAUAAAUUGUGCUAGACAGUAGACGGAUACCAGCACAAGUCAAGUGUAUUUAUCAAGUCAAGGAAAACUGGCAAGAACAUAAUCAAAGGUUGUGAACUUUGGCUCCAGUUGGUCUAAUCCAUAAAUAGAAGAAAUAAAUUGUGCUAGACAGUAGACAGAUACCAGCACAAGUCAAGUGUAUUGAUCAAGUCAAGGAAAACUGGCAAGAACAAAAUCAAAGAAUGGAUGAGACAAUCUUCAUCCAAAGUGGUCAGUCUGACCAAACAUCUCACAAAGGGCUCUUGGCAACAAGCAUGUCAGGCUCAACUACCCCACAGGGCACCCAAAGAAGCGUAACCCAGAUUGUAGCCUCUGGAGGAUUUCUAACAAACCCUGGAGGAUCAGAUGACACAGAAACCCAGGCAGGAAAAGAAGCAGUGGCAGAGACAGCAAGCCCUGAGGUGUCAUUGAACAAAGACAGCAACCUGAAUUCACUUCAUGAUAAUGAAAUAUCCUCACCAGGUUACUCCAACUCUAAACAGAUUGAGGAGGAAGAAUCAUCCAAAAGUCAGUCAACAAUGGAUACCUCACAAAGAGGCCAAAAUAAUCAGCAUUUCCCAUCUGAUGCAGAAUGCAAAGACCAAAAACCUAAACGCAACCAAGAAAGCCCAAACCUUCAAUGCCUUGAUGAUGCAGGGAGGACAAAACCUCUCUCGGAAGUAGUUAGUGAAAACUCUAAAUGUCAUGUAGAGAAUGAGGACUCCUCAUCAUCAGAACAAGGAAAUCUUGCUGCAAGCAGCACAGAUACACUCUCUGAUUCAGAGAGUGAAAACUCUGGAUAUGAUGCAGAGAAUGAGGACUCCUCAUCAUCAGAACAAGGAGAUCUUGCUGCAAGCAGUCCAAAUACACUCUCUGAUUCAGAGAGUGAAAACUCUGGAUAUGAUGUAGAGAAUGAGGACUCCUCAUCAUCAGAACAAGGAGAUCUUGCUGCAAGCAGUCCAAAUACACUCUCUGAUUCAGAGAGUGAAAACUCUGGAUAUGAUGUAGAGAAUGAGCACUCCUCAUCAUCAGAACAAGGAGAUCUUGCUGCAAGCAGUCCAAAUACACUCUCUGAUUCAGAGAGUGAAAACUCUGGAUAUGAUGUAGAGAAUGAGGACUCCUCAUCAUCAGAACAAGGAGAUCUUGCUGCAAGCAGUCCAAAUACACUCUCUGAUUCAGAGAGUGAAAACUCUGGAUAUGAUGUAGAGAAUGAGGACUCCUCAUCAUCAGAACAAGGAGAUCUUGCUGCAAGCAGUCCAAAUACACUCUCUGAUUCAGAGAACUGGCAAGAACAUAAUCAAAGAAUGGAUGAGACAAUCUUCAUCCAAAGUGGUCAGUCUGACCAAACAUCUCACAAAGGGCUCUUGGCAACAAGCAUGUCAGGCUCAACUACCCCACAGGGCACCCAAAGAAGCGUAACCCAGAUUGUAGCCUCUGGAGGAUUUCUAACAAACCCUGGAGGAUCAGAUGACACAGAAACCCAGGCAGGAAAAGAAGCAGUGGCAGAGACAGCAAGCCCUGAGGUGUCAUUGAACAAAGACAGCAACCUGAAUUCACUUCAUGAUAAUGAAAUAUCCUCACCAGGUUACUCCAACUCUAAACAGAUUGAGGAGGAAGAAUCAUCCAAAAGUCAGUCAACAAUGGGUACCUUACAAAGAGGCCAAAAUAAUCAGCAUUUCCCAUCUGAUGCAGAAUGCAAAGACCAAAAACCUAAACGCAACCAAGAAAGCCCAAACCUUCAAUGCCUUGAUGAUGCAGGGAGGACAAAACCUCUCUCGGAAGUAGAUAGUGAAAACUCUAAAUGUCAUGUAGAGAAUGAGGACUCCUCAUCAUCAGAACAAGGAAAUCUUGCUGCAAGCAGCACAGAUACACUCUCUGAUUCAGAGAGUGAAAACUCUGGAUAUGAUGCAGAUAAUGAGGACUCCUCAUCAUCAGAACAAGGAGAUCUUGCUGCAAGCAGUCCAAAUACACUCUCUGAUUCAGAGAGUGAAAACUCUGGAUAUGAUGCAGAUAAUGAGGACUCCUCAUCAUCAGAACAAGGAGAUCUUGCUGCAAGCAGUCCAAAUACACUCUCUGAUUCAGAGAGUGAAAACUCUGGAUAUGAUGCAGAUAAUGAGGACUCCUCAUCAUCAGAACAAGGAGAUCUUGCUGCAAGCAGUCCAAAUACACUCUCUGAUUCAGAGAGUGAAAACUCUGGAUAUGAUGCAGAUAAUGAGGACUCCUCAUCAUCAGAACAAGGAGAUCUUGCUGCAAGCAGUCCAAAUACACUCUCUGAUUCAGAGAGUGAAAACUCUGGAUAUGAUGUAGAGAAUGAGGACUCCUCAUCAUCAGAACAAGGAGAUCUUGCUGCAAGCAGUCCAAAUACACUCUCUGAUUCAGAGAGUGAAAACUCUGGAUAUGAUGCAGAUAAUGAGGACUCCUCAUCAUCAGAACAAGGAGAUCUUGCUGCAAGCAGUCCAAAUACACUCUCUGAUUCAGAGAGUGAAAACUCUGGAUAUGAUGCAGAUAAUGAGGACUCCUCAUCAUCAGAACAAGGAGAUCUUGCUGCAAGCAGUCCAAAUACACUCUCUGAUUCAGAGAGUGAAAACUCAGGAUAUGAUGUAGAGAAUGAGGACUCCUCAUCAUCAGAACAAGGGGAUCUUGCUGCAAGCAGUCCAAAUACACUCUCUGAUUCAGAGAGUGAAAACUCUGGAUAUGAUGCAGAUAAUGAGGACUCCUCAUCAUCAGAACAAGGAGAUCUUGCUGCAAGCAGUCCAAAUACACUCUCUGAUUCAGAGAGUGAAAACUCUGGAUAUGAUGCAGAUAAUGAGGACUCCUCAUCAUCAGAACAAGGAAAUUUUGCUGCAAGCAGUCCAAAUACACUCUCUGAUUCAGAGAGUGAAAACUCUGGAUAUGAUGCAGAUAAUGAGGACUCCUCAUCAUCAGAACAAGGAGAUCUUGCUGCAAGCAGUCCAAAUACACUCUCUGAUUCAGAGAGUGAAAACUCUGGAUAUGAUGCAGAUAAUGAGGACUCCUCAUCAUCAGAACAAGGAGAUCUUGCUGCAAGCAGUCCAAAUACACUCUCUGAUUCAGAGAGUGAAAACUCUGGAUAUGAUGCAGAUAAUGAAGACUCCUCAUCAUCAGAACAAGGAGAUCUUGCUGCAAGCAGUCCAAAUACACUCUCUGAUUCAGAGAGUGAAAACUCUGGAUAUGAUGCAGAUAAUGAGGACUCCUCAUCAUCAGAACAAGGAGAUCUUGCUGCAAGCAGUCCAAAUACACUCUCUGAUUCAGAGAGUGAAAACUCUGGAUAUGAUGCAGAUAAUGAGGACUCCUCAUCAUCAGAACAAGGAGAUCUUGCUGCAAGCAGUCCAAAUACACUCUCUGAUUCAGAGAGUGAAAACUCUGGAUAUGAUGCAGAUAAUGAGGACUCCUCAUCAUCAGAACAAGGAGAUCUUGCUGCAAGCAGCACAGAUACACUCUCUGAUUCACAGAGUGAAAACUCUAGAUAUGAUGUAGAGAAUGAGGACUCCUCAUCAUCAGAACAAGGAGAUCUUGCUGCAAGCAGCACAGAUACACUCUCUAAUUCAGAGAGUGAAAACUCUGGAUAUGAUGCAGAUAAUGAGGACUCCUCAUCAUCAGAACAAGGAGAUUUUGCUGCAAGCAGUCCAAAUACACUCUCUGAUUCAGAGAGUGAAAACUCUGGAUAUGAUGCAGAUAAUGAGGACUCCUCAUCAUCAGAACAAGGAAAUCUUGCUGCAAGCAGCACAGAUACACUCUCUGAUUCAGAGAGUGAAAACUCUGGAUAUGAUGCAGAUAAUGAGGACUCCUCAUCAUCAGAACAAGGAGAUCUUGCUGCAAGCAGUCCAAAUACACUCUCUGAUUCAGAGAGUGAAAACUCUGGAUAUGAUGCAGAUAAUGAGGACUCCUCAUCAUCAGAACAAGGAGAUCUUGCUGCAAGCAGUCCAAAUACACUCUCUGAUUCAGAGAGUGAAAACUCUGGAUAUGAUGCAGAUAAUGAGGACUCCUCAUCAUCAGAACAAGGAGAUCUUGCUGCAAGCAGUCCAAAUACACUCUCUGAUUCAGAGAGUGAAAACUCUGGAUAUGAUGCAGAUAAUGAGGACUCCUCAUCAUCAGAACAAGGAGAUCUUGCUGCAAGCAGUCCAAAUACACUCUCUGAUUCAGAGAGUGAAAACUCUGGAUAUGAUGCAGAUAAUGAGGACUCCUCAUCAUCAGAACAAGGAGAUCUUGCUGCAAGCAGUCCAAAUACACUCUCUGAUUCAGAGAGUGAAAACUCUGGAUAUGAUGCAGAUAAUGAGGACUCCUCAUCAUCAGAACAAGGAGAUCUUGCUGCAAGCAGUCCAAAUACACUCUCUGAUUCAGAGAGUGAAAACUCUGGAUAUGAUGCAGAUAAUGAGGACUCCUCAUCAUCAGAACAAGGAGAUCUUGCUGCAAGCAGUCCAAAUACACUCUCUGAUUCAGAGAGUGAAAACUCUGGAUAUGAUGCAGAUAAUGAGGACUCCUCAUCAUCAGAACAAGGAGAUCUUGCUGCAAGCAGUCCAAAUACACUCUCUGAUUCAGAGAGUGAAAACUCUGGAUAUGAUGUAGAGAAUGAGGACUCCUCAUCAUCAGAACAAGGGGAUCUUGCUGCAAGCAGUCCAAAUACACUCUCUGAUUCAGAGAGUGAAAACUCUGGAUAUGAUGCAGAUAAUGAGGACUCCUCAUCAUCAGAACAAGGAGAUCUUGCUGCAAGCAGUCCAAAUACACUCUCUGAUUCAGAGAGUGAAAACUCUGGAUAUGAUGCAGAUAAUGAGGACUCCUCAUCAUCAGAACAAGGAAAUUUUGCUGCAAGCAGUCCAAAUACACUCUCUGAUUCAGAGAGUGAAAACUCUGGAUAUGAUGCAGAUAAUGAGGACUCCUCAUCAUCAGAACAAGGAGAUCUUGCUGCAAGCAGUCCAAAUACACUCUCUGAUUCAGAGAGUGAAAACUCUGGAUAUGAUGCAGAUAAUGAGGACUCCUCAUCAUCAGAACAAGGAGAUCUUGCUGCAAGCAGUCCAAAUACACUCUCUGAUUCAGAGAGUGAAAACUCUGGAUAUGAUGCAGAUAAUGAGGACUCCUCAUCAUCAGAACAAGGAGAUCUUGCUGCAAGCAGUCCAAAUACACUCUCUGAUUCAGAGAGUGAAAACUCUGGAUAUGAUGCAGAUAAUGAGGACUCCUCAUCAUCAGAACAAGGAGAUCUUGCUGCAAGCAGUCCAAAUACACUCUCUGAUUCAGAGAGUGAAAACUCUGGAUAUGAUGCAGAUAAUGAGGACUCCUCAUCAUCAGAACAAGGAGAUCUUGCUGCAAGCAGCACAGAUACACUCUCUGAUUCACAGAGUGAAAACUCUAGAUAUGAUGUAGAGAAUGAGGACUCCUCAUCAUCAGAACAAGGAGAUCUUGCUGCAAGCAGCACAGAUACACUCUCUAAUUCAGAGAGUGAAAACUCUGGAUAUGAUGCAGAUAAUGAGGACUCCUCAUCAUCAGAACAAGGAGAUUUUGCUGCAAGCAGUCCAAAUACACUCUCUGAUUCAGAGAGUGAAAACUCUGGAUAUGAUGCAGAUAAUGAGGACUCCUCAUCAUCAGAACAAGGAGAUCUUGCUGCAAGCAGUCCAAAUACACUCUCUGAUUCAGAGAGUGAAAACUCUGGAUAUGAUGCAGAUAAUGAGGACUCCUCAUCAUCAGAACAAGGAGAUCUUGCUGCAAGCAGUCCAAAUACACUCUCUGAUUCAGAGAGUGAAAACUCUGGAUAUGAUGUAGAGAAUGAGGACUCCUCAUCAUCAGAACAAGGAGAUCUUGCUGCAAGCAGUCCAAAUACACUCUCUGAUUCAGAGAGUGAAAACUCUGGAUAUGAUGCAGAUAAUGAGGACUCCUCAUCAUCAGAACAAGGAGAUCUUGCUGCAAGCAGCACAGAUACACUCUCCGAUUCAGAGAGUGAAAACUCUGGAUAUGAUGCAGAUAAUGAGGACUCCUCAUCAUCAGAUUGAGGAGAUCUUGCUGCAAGCAGUCCAAAUACACUCUCUGAUUCAGAGAGUGAAAACUCUGGAUAUGAUGCAGAUAAUGAGGACUCCUCAUCAUCAGAUUGAGGAGAUCUUGCUGCAAGCAGUCCAAAUACACUCUCUGAUUCAGAGAGUGAAAACUCUGGAUAUGAUGCAGAUAAUGAGGACUCCUCAUCAUCAGAACAAGGAGAUCUUGCUGCAAGCAGUCCAAAUACACUCUCUGAUUCAGAGAGUGAAAACUCUGGAUAUGAUGCAGAUAAUGAGGACUCCUCAUCAUCAGAACAAGGAGAUCUUGCUGCAAGCAGCACAGAUACACUCUCUGAUUCACAGAGUGAAAACUCUGGAUAUGAUGCAGAUAAUGAGGACUCCUCAUCAUCAGAACAAGGAGAUCUUGCUGCAAGCAGCACAGAUACUCUCUCUGAUUCAGAGAGUGAAAACUCUGAAUAUAAUGCAGUUAAUGAGGACUCCUCUUAGGCACAUUUACCUAUUAAAAAUUUAAUUACAGGUUUCAUUGAAUGUCAACCCUAUUGAACUGUUUUUAGUGUCUCAUGUAUUUCCUUAAUGUAUGUUUGAAAACUAUUUUUGUAAUCUUUACCAUGCUUACUAUUUGUGUAUUUAAAUCCAUAAUUGAAACUUGUCGAGAAACCAAACAUACAUGACUGUACCUAAUUUGACUUGACUAGGAAUUAAAAGAAUCACUAUGGAUCCUUGUAAUUAAAAUAUGUAUAAAUUACAGUUAUUCAAAGAUGUAUUUCUUGCAAAUCUGAUGAACUCCACAUGUUAUAAUCUAUGUAUUAAAAAAAGAGUUUUUUGUCACAUCUAUUUUCUUAAUUAUGUCCCUUCAAAUUGGGAUCUGAAUAAGAAACCAUGCAGUCUGUCACAAAUAGCUCACAUAUUGUAUUCUAUUGCAUUGUAUUGUAUUUUAAGCAGGGAUGCAGCUUUUUGUAAAACCGUAUGUUUGAUGAUUGCAAUUAAAAUCCACAAAACUU